CGUUGAGGUACGUUGCCUUCUCUUAAACCUUAAAUAGCUCUGUAAUUCAUUUUUCGUAUUAAGGCUUGUCUUUGAUUUGUUGACCGACUCGGCCUAGGGUUUUUUUGUUGUCCAUUGUUAUAAUUAUGUUAAGUUUUCGAUUCAUGCGAUCAAAAUCGAUCGAUUAGUGAAGGAAGCGCUGGAUGGUUUUAUUUGAUCUCACACCAAUUAUUCGGCACCCUAGGAAACAGUUCUCUUAGGGUUUUUGGCUCCGGAGAGAUUUGAAUCUCUUUCUGAACUAUAUAGCGACUUUUGCUUGUCAUUUUAGCAACUUGAUCGGUUGAAAUAGCAAGGUCUUCAAAUUCCUAAAGACAACGGCAAUGUGGGGAACUGCCAAGAGGCGGCUUCAAUGGGAAAGUACUAUUUGCUCGCAUUCUUCUGUCAUAGUUGAAGUUUUACUUGUAUCAUACCAAAAGGUGAGAUUUAUUUUCUUUCUGGGAAAAAAGGUAGAUCAUUGACUAUGUUAUUGCAACCAUCAAAGCUUUGCGAAAGAGAGAGAAGGGGUCGUUGCGUGUGGGCGACGAGGUAAGUAGGGUUUCGCCGAUCGGCCAACCGAGCGCCAGAGAAUCCGAGAAGCCAUCCUUCAUCGCUUGCGCCAGAUCACGGUCGAUCAUGGGGAGAGGCAGGUUCAAGGCCAAGCCCACCGGCCGCAGGAACUUCUCCACGCCCGAAGAGAUGGCUUUUUUCAAUUAUUCAGUGUUCUGAGCACAUUCUGAAAUUGUGAAGACGUCUUGUUCCAUUGUCGUAGUAUAAAAUCUUUCAGCAUACAAUGUCUAGUUCUACAAAAUAUGUUGAUCCUGCGUUUCAGGGAGUUGGACACAAAGUCAUAGAGGAACAGAAAUAUGGCGUAUUGAGAACUUUCAACCAGUGCCUAUACCAAAGUCUGAUUAUGGUAAAUUCUACUCUGGAGAUUCAUACAUAAUUUUACAGACAACUGGCAAAGGUGGCACCUACCUUUAUGACAUUCACUUCUGGAUCGGAAAAGAGUCAAGCCAAGAUGAAGCUGGGACUGCAGCAAUCAAGACUGUUUUUAUGAUAACAAAGGAGUUAGAAACUUGGAGAUAAAUCUGUUAAAAGGUUGAACCUGCCUCAUUUAAAACAAAAUUUCAGCCUCAUUUGGUAUGGACGCUGGAACAGGUGCUGGAUUUUAUCUAAAUGCUAAGGAAGAGAAGUGGAAAAAUUGGCGUAUGUAUGACUAUGUCGUUAAGGAGCUACCAAAAGUCCUCAGUGAAAAUUUUGAACAACUUGAUACAUCAAGGGCAUCAAUUUCUGGGCAUUCAAUGGGUGGCCAUGGUGCGCUGACCAUUUACUUGAAAAACCUUGAAAAAUAUAAGGCAGUUUCUGCUUUUGCACCUAUCACCAAUCCCACAAACUGCCCAUGGGGCCAGAAGGCCUUUUCAAACUAUUUGGGCAGCGAUAAAUCUGACUGGCAGGAAUAUGAUGCCACCUUGUUAAUUGAAAAGUGCAGCAAAAUUUCGACUCCUAUAUUAAUUGACCAGGGAGAGGAUGACAAGUUCCUUCACGAUCAGCUGUUGCCCCACAACUUCGAGGAUGCCUGCAAGGGUGCAAAUGCCCCGCUGGUGCUUCGGAUGCAACCUGGCUAUGACCAUUCCUACUACUUCAUUUCGACCUUCAUCGACGAUCACAUCCACCACCAUGCCAAAGCUCUUAAAUGUGCUUGAGUCCGUGGUCGCAAAAUAGACUUCAUGCCAUGGGAUCUCAGGAUGCGGCAGAUGUGUAGAAUUCACUUGUAGAAGUACUCUUACAACUAUUUCAAUGCUCUUGUUCCAACUGUGAACCAGAUAUUUGACUGCCUUCUGGUCACAACUCAGUAAGUCUGACCUUCUUCUAUUUCCAUAUCAUCCGCAUAUUAAUCUC